AUCCCCUCCCCCGGCACACCAACGAAGAGAGCGCUCGGUGCGCACUGGCAGGUGAGGCAGGGCUGUGUGUUUGAGUCGCUGACUCAGCCACGUCUCUGGGGCUGAAUUAGAUUUGAAUUAGUUUCGUAUUCCCGUUCCGCCGGUGACGGUGGGUUAUCGCGCUGAGAGGUGCCCAGCGGCGCGGCAGUCGGACGCCCGGUCACUGAGUUGAUGAAGAGGACAAAACGUUGAUAGUACGAAGAGGACUAAAAAUCAGUCAGAGGAAGAAUCGUACUGGAUUUGAAGAUUUGAAAAAAGCCUAUGGCAGUGGUCCCCAACCAUAUGAGGAAACGAUGUGAUUUGGCGAUAUGAAACGAUAUGAGUCAGCUGCACCUUUCUUCAUUCCCUGUCACGUCCACUGUUGAACUUGAACGCAUGCGAAGUCAUCAGUCAGCUAAACGCAGUGAUACCCUAGGGCCUGGGAUCACUGUGACUAUCGCAGCCCCGGCACAGGGACCUCCGGCGCUUACCUUGUCCUGUCACUCCACCCACAACCAGCCGCACCUGGCCAAGGCAUCUGGCUGCAGGAAGUUGGUGGUUAAAAAUGAACAAGUUGCGACAGAGUUUUAGGCGCAAGAAAGAUGUAUAUGUUCCUGAAUCAAGCCGUCCGCACCAGUGGCAGACGGAUGAAGAAGCAGUCCGUGGUGGCAAAUGUAGUUUCCAAGUUAAGUACUUAGGCCAUGUGGAGGUAGAUGAAUCUCGAGGGAUGCACAUCUGUGAGGAAGCUGUAAAGAAACUGAAAUCUGAAAGGAAGUUCUUCAAAGCCCUGUUUGGAAAAACCGGAAAGAAGGCAGUGAAGGCUGUACUCUGGGUAUCAGCGGAUGGACUGCGAGUAGUGGAUGAGAAAACAAAGGACCUAAUUGUUGAUCAAACUAUAGAGAAGGUAUCCUUCUGUGCUCCUGAUCGAAACUUUGACAAGGCAUUCUCAUACAUUUGUCGAGAUGGUACGACCAGACGUUGGAUCUGUCAUUGCUUCUUGGCGAUACGAGAUUCGGGUGAGCGCUUAAGCCAUGCUGUGGGCUGUGCUUUUGCAGCAUGUUUGGAAAGGAAGCAGAAACGUGAGAAGGAAUGUAAUGUUACUGCCACUUUUGAUGCCAAUCGAACCACCUUCACCAGGGAAGGUUCCUUCAGAGUAAUCUCAGCCACUGAGCAAGCAGAGUGUGAAGAAAUUAUGAAACAGAUACAGGACACCAAGAAAGCUGAAACAGAGAGGACAGUUGUUACCACUGCUGCUUUUGCUGCAGCCCCAUCAAUUUCACCAUCAGCCCUGUCCACUGUUACAGAAAGCAAAGAAUCCAACAACAUACACGCCAUACCCAGAAGGCAUGCACCUGCUGAGCAGCUUGCCAGGCAAGGAUCUUUCAGAGGAUUCCCAGUGCUGAGCCAGACAACAUCUCCGUUUAAGAGGCAAAUGUCACUUCGAGUAAAUGAAUUGCCUUCAACAACACAACGGAAAACUGAUUUCCAAAUUAAAAAUACAGUGCCUGAAGUGGAAGGUGAUCGUGCAGCUGAAAUCGACAGUAUAAGUUCCCUGUGCUCUCAGAUAACACAUGCUUUCAGUGGACAAGUGGAUGAUCCAUUCUCAUCUGCACCAAUGACCAAGCCUGCUGUGGGAGUGACUCCUCAAGUGACACCCUCCCAAAUCAAUGGAACAUCAGCCUUCUCAGCACCUGUUGCAGCUCCAGCCAUGUCUCCCACAGUGAUGCUAGUGCGGGACACCAACCCUUGGUCCCAGGCCCCACCUACAACCAGUGACAGAACAAUGGUUGCUGCAGGUGGUGACUGGGGCCCAUCUGCUGCUGUAACAGCAUCAUUUCAGCCCAGUCACAAGCGCACACCAUCAGAAGCAGACCGCUGGCUUGAAGAAGUGUCAAAGAGUGUCCGGAUGCAGCCAUCACCCCAGCCUUCAGCAUCACAGUCCUUUCAGAGUGGCACAUUCAUCAGCCUUCCAACAGCACAAGUCAGCAUGGUGCCUCCCAUGCAGCCUGCUUUUAUUCCUGGUCAGCCUUACCCUCUGCAGGUCAACAAUGGCAUUCCAUUUCAAGCUCCAAGUCUGCCAGUGGUGGGCAUUACCCCUUCACAAAUGGUUGCAAAUGUCUUUGGCACAGCCGGCCAUACUCAGGUUACCCAUGCACAGCAGGGUCAGAACAUGGCAGGGAUUGUUACAAACCGUAGCCCGUACUUUAAACCUGACAAGCAGAUUAAUGGUUCGGCAGUUUCGAAUGAAACAGAAAGUAGCAACUGGGCAGUGGAAACCAAAAGCACUCGGGUGGCAGCAGGUAUUCCAGAGGAUGCAUUCGAAGCUCAGUGGAAUGCACUGGAGUGCAAGUCAAAGCAGCGGGCAACACCUUCUCCAACUAAUCCAUUCUCCAGUGAUUUACAGAAGACUUUUGAAAUUGAGCUUUAAGCAAAGCUCUGGUUUACCUUUCCCUAGAGAGUAUGUGGAGAAUGUUCACUGGUGAUAAUGGGCGUGAAGAACUGCUUCAGCAUUUCCGGAGAACUGUUAUAAACAUGAUGCAAAGCUGGACUCAACCAUCUGGCUAAGUUGUCCCAUCAAAGGGGCUUGUCCAUUAUCUGCCUUUGAAAACUGGUUUAUUCUAAUGGUACACAUUGGGAAUCAGUUGCUGAUUUCUAAACUCUUUCUACCUAUAAAUAUGUGGGUACUCUGUGGUUGGACUGCAGGAAGAUGCUGCAGUUCUUGUGUUGGAGCUUCCAAUUUGAAUACAUUGAUGCCAAAAUCUUUAUUUUUAUGCAUUAGUAUAUAUUUUAAUAGUACGGAAAUUGAGCUGUAUGUAAUCUUGCCAAAGGUAAAACACCGAAUGUAUAUACAAAGAGAGUGGUUUAUUGCUGAUACUAAUGUAAGUAAUUCAUGUAUUCCAUCUUUUAAAGUGGUGUUUGCAAUUAUCUCUUUGCUAUGGGUAGCACACUUGCUUGAACAGAUGCCCUAUUACAAAUCAUUAGUACAGAGCAGUAUUGUUAUGAUGUACAUUAACCAUGAUCAAUCUUGUAUUUUGUUCAGCAAUAUUUUGUGUUAUUGACAAUGUUCUUGAUCCCUGGUUAUCUUGAAUAGAUUUAUUAGAGACCAGCCAGGUUUGAUUGCCGGAAUGGUAAAAAUUGAUUUGCACAAUACAGAUAAGCUGGCUCCUUGGUCACUUGUGAUACUUUAACCUAUCUCCAUCUAGUGAAAACUUCAUUUCUUCUGAGUUAGUUACUUGGCAUCUUAAUUUAAAGUUCAGCAGGUAUGCUUUCUAGUUUUGUUUUAAUGUUCACUUGCACGAGCCUUACAAUCACUUGUAAUAAAAAGAAAUUUAUACUGGAGAUUUAUAAUCUUUAACAAAUAAAUGGUUGGAAGACUGACCUUA